AAGUGCAUACCGAAGAAGAUAUUGCCGACAUAAUCACGCUAUAUGGUACUCUUAGUGGAGAUGAGCUCGAACUUGCAUUGCCAUCGCUGUGUUUGCUAGCUGAAAGAUGUCCGAACGGUAUGAAAGAACAGAUGAUGGAUCUGGCUCGGCUCACAUUAACAGAUGCAAACUCAUCCCGAUCUGCCCGAAAAGCUGCUAUUUCAUGUCUUAAAACUCUCACGCAAGGGAAUCCAGUCUGGUUUAAUUUCUUCACAUUAGCUCAGUGCUUGGAAGAGCCACAAUUUCACAUACUGAAUCCUGUGCUACCCCAAUUGGAUAUCGUGCUGCAAUCUGUUUAUUCCGCAUUCACUAACACUUUUAAAUGGGCAAAGGUUUUAUUUAUAAGAGCACUCGCUCACUCAAAUGGUUGGGUGCGAUUAUGGGCACUAGAGAAACUGAGUUGUGAAGCAGCUAAUGAAAUUGGAGUUCUCACUGCUUUCUUUUCUCGCGAAGAUCCUUCUCUUUUUGAUCGUUUUGUCGCUAUGGAGAGCUCGCAAGAGCUACUGCGUCAACCAAUGGAUCCACUUGAUAUGAUAAAACUCGCGCUGGAGUGUCAGAGGGACUUUCAGGUACGAACUGACAUACAACAUUUACUUGCUUGUUAG